AUGCAGGACAUGUUCAGGGAGUUUUCGGAAGAGCUGGGAUCUCCGGAGAACGCUGGGAAGAACAAGGCGGAGAUCGAGGACAUUUUCAGCUAUACUUCAGUGGGACACAAGCAUAUCGUCAGAAAUGUUCCUUCGGAAGACAGGAUCGCGAUCCACCAGGCGGUAGUGCCAACAAUAGACGACAAGGACAGGAAAGACCUGGACAUCGACUCCAUCGAUACCACCCCUUUCGCUAUGUUUGGAGUCUUCGAUGGCCAUGGCGGGCCAGCGUGCGCGGAGUUCCUCACUCAGAGCGUGUCGACGGUGCUGGCUCACAGUCCCGUCCUGUACGACGAGGACCUGACCCCCACUCAGCGGCGAACGUUUGCCACGGCCGACAGUUUCGAGGAGCUAGAGAAGGUGCACAACAAGUGGGCCGACGAGAUCGGGGACCUCAGCGGAUCCACAGCUAUCCUAAGCACGUUUCAGGACGGCGUGUUGGUGAUGGCGGGCGUGGGCGACUCCGCCGGGCUAUACGUGGACCACAUGGGCAAGCAGCACAACCUCUGCCCGCAGCACUCAACCAGCAACGAGAAGGAGGUGGAGAGAGUGCUCAGCAUGGGGGGAACCAUCGUCAACAACAGGGUGGCCGGCUGUCUCAUGCCCACCCGAACGAUCGGGGACCUGGACUGCAAGCGGGCGCUGGGCGCGAUCGUCUCCCCCCACCCGGAGAUAACGCUCGCGGCCAUCUACGCGCCCCCCGACGACGGGGAGCCUCACGAUGAGCCGUUUCUAGUCCUCGCGAGCGACGGCCUGUGGGAUGUGCUAAGCUUCGCAGAGGUGGCCUUCAUCACCAGAAAGGGUCUGCGAAACCUGCGGGCCCACGAGAAGCAGGAGCGCGCGAAGGCAGAGAAGGCGGCCGCGAAAGCCGCGCAGGCAGCAGCAGCCGAUGGACUCGGCGGGGGAGGGGGCCACUCCACCGGCGGCAAGACGGGGCUCUGGAAAAAGAUGACGUCCCGCAAGGAGACGGCGGCGUGGAUGGAUGGAGGUCGCCGCUCGCUGGACGUGAGCAGGGCGGGGCUACGGGACAGCAGUAUCCGAGGCCUGGACGCGAGCGUGCGGGGGGGGCAGAGCCCCGUCUUAGGCCACCCUCCUCGCGGAAAACAACCUCUUCGCCACAGCGCGUCGCUGGACUCGAGCCUGUACGCGGGGCUGCGCGCCGAGGAGCAGACGAGGAUGAUCGACGAGAGCCUGCAUGAGGUGGUGGAGGGCGUACCCGCCUCCUACGACCUCGGCAGCGUGGCCGCGCAAGCUGCUCUUGCCGGCCCUUCCACGGCGUCGACGAUGCUUGGCGAGGAAGACGCGGCUGCCGCCGGUGGAGAGCAGCUUCCCCCUGUGAAGGCGGUCACGGUGGCCUCGACGGAGCAGACGGCGAGUGUACGCACGGCUGGGUCUGACAAGCACAACGUGGCGAUGAAGCUGGUCCACGCCGCCCUGAGGGCGGAGAGCCACGACGACAUCUCGGUGGUUGUGGUCACCUUCGCGGGUACGGCGGACAAGUCGCCCCCGGGAUGCCGGACAAACCUGCCGCACCACCUACCGCACCGGAGCAGCAAGAGCAGCCUCAGCGGAUCGUCGCCUAUCCCGGAGGAGCGCCCCGAAUCUAUGAAGGCCAGCUAG